UUUUACGUUUAGUUUAAAAAUAUUUUUUUUAUAUAAGCAACAACACCUAAAGCUUGGGAAUCGAUUCACUUUUUGGAUAUACUUUAUUCUGGUAUAAUGACAUCAUUGAAUGAAAAACAUUCUUUGUUAGCUGUUCUUCAAUUUUUACGCAAGAAAAAUUUGAAGGAAGCUGAAGAGGCUCUUAGAAAAGAAGCUGGCUUAGACUCAGUUCUAUCUCAAGUAAAUAGUGAUAGUUUAAAUGAACCUGAUUUAUCGAAUGUGCUUUCAGAGUAUGAAAGUGAAGCAGAUCCACUUCGUUAUGAGGAGUAUUAUGAAGGAUUGCUCAACUUUGUAGAAAAAUCACUUGAUGUUCACAAGCACGAGUUAUCAUUAGUUUUAUAUCCUGUUUUUGUUCACUUGUAUCUGGAGUGUGUUUACAAAGGUUAUAUAAAUGAAGCUGAAAAGUUUUAUGACAAGUUUAGCAAGUACCAAGAAAGUUAUCGUUUUGAAGACUUACAAAUUUUGCGCUUAUUAAAGAAGAAAGAGCAUAUGAUAUCUAACAAUGAAUAUCUUAAUAUGUUUCGAAGUAAUAAGUAUGUAAUCAGAAUGGCGCGAGAGUCUUUUAACGUUUUAAAGAAAUAUUUACAAGUCAAAAACAUGGAUGUUCUCUUAAAUUUAAUUCAACAGCAUUUCCACUUAGAUGUUUUUGAUGGUCGUCCUCGAAAUCAAAAGGCAAUAGAUGCUACUGCUGGUUAUUUCACUGGAGAAGCACCUCCUGAUGCUAAUAAAGCUAAAGUAUUUUUUGGUUUAAUACACGAUCCUGAGUUAAUGGCAGCUUUAGCAGAUGAUGGUGACAGUGAAGAUGAGGCUGCAGUCGUGGAUAAAGAUAAAGAAAAGCAUAAGAAAAAAAAGGCAAGACGAGAUGAAGGUAAAAAGAGGCACACUGCAGACCCAAAUGCACCUAAAUCUGAUAGAAUACCUUUUCCAAAAAUGAAAGAUUCUGAGAAACGUUUCAAUUUAAUGAUGUAUAAGGAUAUAUCAAAAAGAUUGCAUGUUGGUCCAAAUAAAAUUCCUUCAAUAUGUUUUUAUACUUUUCUUAAUGCCCAAGACAAUUUAAAUUGUGUUGAGAUUAGUGAAGAUUCAUCUUUAAUUGCUGCUGGAUUUGAUGACUCUAGCAUUAAAGUAUCAACUCUUAAUCCAAAAAAACUGCGCACUUUAAAAACUGUUAAUGAACUUGCAAAGAUUGACAAGGAAGCUGAUGAUGUGUUAGAAAGAGUUAUGAACGAAAAAUCAGCAGCAGAAAGUCGUCAGUUGUAUGGGCAUUCAGGACCUGUAUUUGGUGUAAGUUUUAAUCAUGACAAAAGUUUCUUACUAUCUUCUUCAGAAGAUGGAUCAGUUCGUUUAUGGAGUAUGCAUACUUUUACAAACUUAGUAUCAUGGAAAGGUCACAUUUACCCUGUUUGGGAUGUCCAAUUCAGUCCACGUGGAUAUUAUUUUGUUUCUGGCUCCUAUGAUCGUACAGCACGGUUGUGGUGCACCGAAAGUUCUCAAUCAUUACGUAUUUUUGCUGGCCACCUAAGUGAUGUUAAUGUUAUAGAUUUUCAUCCUAAUAGCAAUUAUGUUGCAACUGGAUCAGCUGAUCGAACUGUGAGAAUCUGGGAUUUACAGACUGGUACUUCAGUGCGUUUAUUUACAGGCCAUAAAGCUGGUGUUCUGAGUGUUAAAUUUUCGCCCGAUGGGCGUCAUCUUGUAUCAUCAGGUGUUGAUAAACGCAUUAUUCUUUGGGAUAUUGCUGAAGCAGCCCCUCUUGCUGAGUUUACUGGUCAUUCGUCCACUGUUAAUAGCUUGUGUUUUUCUCGAGAGGGACAUAUGCUUGCUUCAGCUGGAAUGGAUAAUUGUGUCAAACUUUGGGAUGUUAAAGGAGUUUACCCUGCUGAAGAAGAUGAUCAUGCCGAGUCAAAUUUGAGCAAGAACUUUAAUAACUGCGAAUUAGCUUCAUUUGUGACGAAGUCCUCGCCUAUUCACCAUCUUCAUUUUACUCGUAAAAAUCUACUUCUUGGUUGUGGUCCGUUUAUGGGAAGCUCUUAGCGUAGGUUGUUAGGCGUUAAAUAUUUCUGCAGUGAUUCAAUUUUCUAGACUAAAUCAUAUUAUUUAAAAUUAUUUCUGAAAUUUCUUUUUGUGAAAAGUAUUUAUUUUUUCUUUUAACUUUUAAAAAAGACUAAAUUGUUAUGUUAUCUCUCUUGCUACUUUAAUUUUAAAAAUUUUAAAAUUAGAAAAAAAUUAAUCAACUCUUUA